AUGGAUCCCUUUGAAGUCAGGAUCCAGUUCCUAGCCCUGUUGCGUCGCUUGAAUGCUACUCAACAGUCAAUCCACAAAGCAGUGGGCUUUGCUGUGAAAUACUUUGCACCAUGCGGAGAGGACCUCUGGGAUUGUAUCGUUGAGGAGUGCCAAAAAGGUUCAAUAAACUCAAGGAUAAACACUUUGUACUUCCUUGAUUCUCUCUGCGAAAUGUCUCUCCUCGUCAAAUCCCAUGCAAAGGUCGUACGGUCGAACAGACCUGAAAGCAACCAAUAUGUGGACUAUGUUGCUCGCGAUUUGGGCAAGAUUGUCGAAUAUGUUGUACCUUCCGGGAGGGAAGGUCUUCCAAAUCUCAUCAGUACACGUCAGGUCGGUCUACAACCUUCCAUACUGAAUGCCUCAUCUUCCCGGGACUAUGUCCGCUUACCACCUCUUCAGAUCCUCGAAAGCUGGAAAUCCAAACGUGUCAUCGACCCCGAAAUAAUCGAUGAAGCCCUAUCCAAUCUCAGCGCCCGCGAGAACAACCCAGGGGAGAGCAACAGCACCCACCGUGCCCACCUCCCUCGACAAGAAAUAUUCAAAAGAAUAGAAGAGGACCGAGAACGGCACAAACGGCUCCGAGAGCGCCGGUGGGUGCAGCCAAUAUCGCACAACCCGUCGACUCAGCAGUUAACAUCAUUCAUGCCAUUCACGGAGAAGGGUGAUGGGGAGUUUGAGCUGAGCUUGGAUAUCGAGUUUGAGAAUGAGUGGGAUACGGUGAGCGAUUGGAAUGAGGACGACGAAGAGGCAUGUGCGGAAGAGAAUGCGCUUUGUUUUCCUUCACCGAAUAGCAGCAUCGUGUAG